CGCGGGGCUGGGCUCCCGCUGCUGCUCUGCUGCCUCGGGCCGCUGCUGUGCGGCGCCGCCGCGCCGGGGGUGCCGCCGGUUAAGAAAAGGUGGUGUGAUCUGUUGUGCAAAUGCCCGUGUCUCCAGAUAGCUGUGCAUCACAACCAGAGAGGGGCCCCCAAGCCUUUGCAGUAAGCAGACACUGCUGAGCCAGGCUGCAAAAUUGGAUUCAUUUGUAUGGGCUCGAAGAAGGUUGCAUCCAAGCCAAGAGGCAUCCCUUGGCGAGAGGUGGUGUCCCGUCUCCAGUGCGAUUAGCGAUUUCCCAGCCUACAUCCCUAGCACAGGGGUGUGUGAUGGGGAUCUCUUUGACUGAGUGUCCUUCCCAGAUGUGUAUGUAACUACGGUCAGUAAUUGUGUAAAAAGAAGAACAGGAGUACUUGUGGCACCUUAGAGACUAACAAAUUUAUUAGAGCAUAAGCUUUCGUGGACUACAGCCCACUUCUUCGGAUGCAUAUAGAAUGGAACAUAUAAUGAGGAGAUAUAUAUACACACAUACAGAGAGCAUAAUUGUGUAGUUACUUUGGCUUCACCCAGUAGCUGCAAUGUGCCAUUUGAGUGACUGCCUUAUCUACCCAUGUCAGUCUUUUCCCCCCUCCCCCAUAGUUGUGCUGUGGAUAUGGACAUUGGUACUGCUGGUAAAUUGAUAGGAGAUUUAGCAUGGGUCUGUGGGGAAUUCAAGGCUGAUAGGGCAAGGUUUAUCCUCAGGAGACAGACAGCCUGCCAUACAAUUUCCUUUCUCAAUGCUGCCUCUUUCCUAGGUUGGAGCUUGCCCCUGGUGGGUCAGGAUUAUCUGGAGAUCCUUUCCAGCUGGUACUGCAGCUUUGGAAAGUGCUGCGAGACAGGAGACUGCAGAAUAGCCAACAACAUCACAGGGUUAGAGUUGGACCUGAGCAGGAGGCUACAUGGGCAGCACUUGGCAAAGGACGUCAUUCUGAAAGCAGUGCAAGGCUUCCUGGAGACCCCACAGCCGGAGAAGGCUCUGGCUCUGUCGUUCCAUGGCUGGUCUGGCACUGGGAAAAACUUUGUGGCCCGGAUGAUCGCUGAUCACUUGUACCGAGACGGGCUGAAAAGCGAGUGUGUUAAAGUCUUUAUCUCGCUCUUUCACUUCCCACAUCCCAAAUAUGUGGACUUGUACAAGGUUCAGCUGAAGAAGCAGAUAAGCGAAACAGUGCAGCUCUGUAAACAGUCAUUGUUCAUCUUCGAUGAGGCAGAGAAGCUUCACUCUGGCCUGCUGGAUGCCCUCAAACCCUAUGUGGAUCACUAUGACAGCAUCGAUGAGGUGGAUUACAGGAGAUCCAUUUUCCUAUUCCUCAGUAACAUUGGUGGGAACAUCAUCAGCCAGGUGACCCUGGACUUCUGGCGAGCUGGACGGGCCAGGGAGGAGAUCACCAUGGAAUACUUGGAGCAGCACCUACGCCUGGAGCUGCUUGAGUCCACAGAUGGUGGCUUUGCCCACAGCCACCUCAUUGAAGAGAACCUCAUUGACUUUUUUGUGCCAUUCCUGCCCUUGGAGAAUUGCCAUGUGAAGUUGUGCGUUCGGGAUGCUUUUCUGGCCCGCAGCCUUCCAUACACUGAGGAGGUGCUGGAUGAGGUGGUCAGGAUGAUGGUGUUCAUCCCCGAGGAGAAGCUUUUCUCUGCACAAGGGUGUAAAUCUGUGUCUCAUCGCAUCAACUAUUUCCUACCCUGACCCUGAAUGUGAGGGGGAACUGCACCAGUGACCAGCAUUGCUACUUGCUGCAUAAUGAGACCUGCUCCUCUUGUAUGAGUAGAUGGAAAAUUCACCCACUUGCACAGUGAUGGGAAUUUGAGGUCCCUCAGAAGUUGAAAGAGGCCUCGAAGGGUUGCUCUGAGUGUGACACCUGUGCAGCCUUGAGCUGGUAGAAGGGUGGGCUGGCUGUACCUGUCUUGAAGUUCCAUCUCUUAGCAAGCAGCUCAGAGCAGAAGCAAUGAUUAGCUGUUGCUAAACUAAGAUUUCUGGCUGGCAAAUAGUGGUCUGCUUCACAUUGUAGUGUGAGGGGUCUUGGGAUAGCUGAGUACCUUCAGUGGGAAAGUCUGAAGAGGUCACAGAAGUCACUUCCUUGCAGCCUCUCCCCCCAUGCGUCAUUUCCAGCACCAGCUGUUAGUAAGACAAUGGUGGAGAAAAACCUAAACUUGGCUAUGGAGCAAUUUCCCAUUUGGGGAUUGGUCUCAGAGUGAGAAUGCGUCUCCCAGGAACCUUCUUACCAAGCCAUCUGGUUAACGACGACAGCUGUAGGAGAGGAUGCCCAUCAGCCUGCACAGAUGAUGAUGCACAGCUUGAAUAGAGAUUAGGACUAAGAAUCCCAUCUGCAGCCUCCACCUACUGUGGGCAUUCCAGGUGUAUAACACUGACCUGGUGGUGUCCUUGCUCUUUGGUGACUUCCAUACAAGACUCCAAAUGAGAGGACAAAUAGUUCUUGACAAUUUAAUAUAAAGAUUAAAAAAACUUAUUUUGUUAUCGUGCUGUGAAGAGAUGUUCACUUUAGCCAUGCCACCCCUUUCCCCCACUAGACAGCAAGGUAACAGUGUGUCUGCAAUUCCAAGUCUAUGAAUAUGUCUCCACUACAGCUCAGAACUUCUGUCAGGGAUAGCAUUUGGUGAGAUGAGCCAGCAUCUUCCCCUCACGGAGGCAGCUCUUGCUAUGCACACUCCUCAUGCUCAGUUUCCUCCGUUUGGCUAAAUUACUUCUGCAGCAUUCACUUAAGGGAGCUCCCACUUGCAGCAACUGGGCCUCUUGAUUGCUCUGAUAAAGCAGGAGGACCAGAGUGGCUUGUCUUUGUCCUUGUCUAGAGCAAAGGUUGGAGAGUAGUGGCUGUGAAGGAGAACUCUGCCAUUUGAUUACUAUUUCAUAGACUAGCUAGGAUUUUGCUGUUACACACUCUGGCUUUUGGCCAGAGAUAGUAUUACUACAAGAGGGACUGUUUGCUGUCUGGGGUACCUGCCAAAUGAUUUAAAAAAAAAAAGCAGUCCUAAAAUGUUAACACUAAAUACAGUGGAAUAAGAUGAAUAAUCACUUACUCUAUGAUCUGUAGGUCAAAAAGUGAAGAGGAGGUGGAACAGCAGACACUGAGGACAGAUUUCAGAGUGGUAGCUGUGUUAGUCUGUAUUAGAGACUAACAAAUUUAUUUGGGUAUAAGCUUUUGUGGAUUAAAACCCACUUCAUCAGUGAAAAAUACAGAAAGCAGUAUGAAUAUUACAGCACAUGAAAAGAUGGGAGUUGUCUUACCAAGUCAGGGGUGGAUCAGUGCUAAUGAGGCUAAUUCAAUUAAGGUGGAAGUGGCCUAUUCUCAGUAGUUGAUAAGAAGGGGUGACUAUCAAAGGAGGAGAAUUACUUUUGUAGUGCUAACGAGGCCAAUGCAAUCAACAGGGUCAUCACUCAUUUCCAGCAGUUUUACUGAAGGCAGAGUUCAGCUGCCUGGACGUUGUACUUGUGGAUCUUUGAUCUAUUGUAGGCUUUAAACUGUGCAAAUGGUUACUAGUCAGCCAGUGCCCUCACUUUGGAAAGAGUCUGACCAGGCCCAUUUUGUCUAAUUGCCAUUGAAGUGGAUUUUGAGCUCAUAUUCCCUCCUGGCACAUUGGCUUCUAGUUACUAGUAAAUGACCAUGCAUGGCUAUGGUACUGUGAAGAUAAAUGGGCCACGUGGUUCUUUACUGUUUUUCUUUUGGCAGAGUGAUAAAUAUUUAUUGACUUUGUUAGAGCAGACCAGCUUUCACUGUGUCAAAACAGUAUAGUGCUCUCAUCCUUCCUAGCUACACCUCACCACUACACUUCUGUAAUUAACUGUAAACUAAGUUAUAAGAGUACUUACACCCACUCUACUUGACCAUCUCCAUGCUAGCCAAGGAGUUUACCAUCUAUCACCAGCUCCCUACUUGCUUUCACUUCAGCAUACGCAAGACUUCAAAAAAUAUUAUCCAAAAGAAUAAACCCCAUAAAAACAUCAUAAACCAUUAGUUGGUCAUGCAUUAAGACCAAAAGAAAGCCAGCUCCUCAUCAUCAAAGCUUCCCAUUUUUCUCAUCUAGGUUAAAUUCAGAUGAAAGGGGAAAACGUAAGUGGUUUAGAUUCAGUUGUAGGACAUCAAAAGCUGAGAUGCUCCCUCGUGCUAAAAACAGAUCCCAGGGGAAAAAAAUAAAAGGGGGUUUAGUAACUAGCACAGGAGAGAACUUCAGUUAUAGAAAAGUUUGGAAAAACUGAUGAGACAAAUCCUUGCACUCAGAUUGGGUGAAAGGAAUUUACAUAUUAUACAGUUGAGAAAUAAGCAUGUGUGAUUAUGCAACUCAGGCACAAACAACUACAGUGCCUGGAAGUGUGUAACUACCCAGCAACCCUGCAGUCUAGCUAGAACAAUCCCAUUUCAGUGGGGUUAAUAAAAUAUUGACGUUCUUUGCAAACCUGC